CUCGGGAGAUUCAACAGCAAUGGCUUGGCUUCUAGUCCACCAACCGCGUCCAUUGUCUCCGAAUCAUCAGCUGCUGGAUUCUUAUCCCCUUCUUCUAAUAGAGAAGAUGGCCGCGCCGCCGCCCGCCGACAAGAGGCCGCUGGUGAUGCUGGCGCAGCCGCUCUUCCCGGAGUUCGCCGCGGCGCUCGCCGGCCGCUACCGGUUCGCGCUGCUAGCGGACGCCGACGCGGCGGCCGCGGCCGAGGCGAGGGCGCUGCUCGGGGGGCUCCCACCGGUCACGGCCCAGCACCUAGGCGCGCUCCCGGCGCUCGAGCUCGUGGCGUGCACCUCCGUGGGCGUCGACCACGUGGACCUUGACGCGUGCCGGAGCCGCGGGCUCAGCGUGACCAAUGCCGGCGCUGCGUUCGCGGCCGACUCGGCCGACUACGCCGUCGGGCUUCUCGUCGCCGUGCUCCGAAGGGUGGCCGCCGCCGACGCGUACGUCCGCAGCGGCAGGUGGACGGCCGACGGCGACUACCCUCUCGCUAGCAAGGUGAGCGGCAAGCGGGUGGGGAUCGUGGGGCUGGGCAACAUCGGCUCCCGCGUCGCGCGGCGUCUCGCCGCCUUCGGCUGCGCCGUCUCCUACCACUCGAGGUCGCCCAAGCCGUCGGCUCCGUACCCGUUCGUCCCCGCGCUGCGCGACCUCGCCGCCGGCAGCGACGUGCUGGUGCUCUCCUGCGCUCUCACGGACGAGACCAAGCACAUGGUGAACCGGGACGUGAUGGAGGCGCUGGGGAAGGGCGGGGUGCUGGUCAACGUCGGCCGGGGCGGCCUGGUGGACGAGCCGGAGCUGGUCAGGUGCCUCACUGAGGGCGUCAUCGGCGGCGCCGGCCUUGACGUGUACGAGAACGAGCCGGCCGUGCCGCCGGAGCUGCUCGCCAUGGACAACGUGGUGCUGUCGGACCACAGGGCCGUGCUCACGACGGAGUCCAUCGGCGGCGUGCUUCAGGUCGUCAUCGCCAACCUCGACGCAUUUUACUCCGGGAGGCCACUGGUCAGCCCCGUGGAACUCUGAAACAAGAACAUCACUCACUGGUUAGAUGAAAUUGAUCAGAUGUUGUCUGAAGAAAUUGUAUUCUGCAACAGUAUAUAUGGAGACAUGAUUAACUUGAUUAAAUACGCUUGGUUACUUUA